AUGCAGAUUUUCGUGAAAACCCUCACAGGUAAAACUAUUACCUUGGAAGUUGAACCAAGCGACACCAUCGACAACGUCAAGAACAAGAUUCAAGACAAAGAAGGAAUUCCCCCAGAUCAGCAACGUCUUAUCUUCGCCGGUAAGGGUUAUUUAUUGACUUUCUUAAUAUUUAGGUAUUAUUCUAAUGGUGUUUAAUUCGUUGAUCACUGCUAGCAAGUAGAUUAGCUUAAAAAGUAAAAGGAUACAAUUUUUCUUCUAAACUCUUAUUUUUGGCGUUGGUACUUUUUUGUAAGGUAAAUGACAGUUUCUAAAUUAAUAUACAUGAUAAUUUUAUUGAAAUUGUACUGUUUAAACCUGAUUUCUUUAGGAAAGCAGCUUGAGGAUGGCCGCACACUUUCCGACUACAACAUCCAGAAGGAAUCUACCCUUCACUUGGUUCUCCGUCUUCGUGGUGGUAUCAUCGAACCAUCAUUGAGAAUGUUGGCCCAGAAGUACAACUGCGACAAGCAGAUCUGCCGCAAGUGCUACGCCCGUCUCCCACCCCGUGCCACUAACUGCAGAAAGCAGAAGUGCGGACACUCCAGUGAACUUCGCCCAAAGAAGAAACUGAAGUAA